AUGCUGCAAAAUGCCAACGAAACUGGAUACAUCAACGUCAAUUGCGUGGAUCCUAUAGGAAGAUCGGCUUUAUUGAUGGCCAUAGAUAAUGAGAAUUUAGAAAUGAUAGAGCUGUUAAUUGAAAAUAAAGUCGAGAUGAAGGAUGCUUUAUUGCAUGCCAUCAGCGAAGAAUACGUAGAAGCUGUUGAAGUGUUACUAGAGCAGGAAGAAACCAAUCGUCUUCCGGGUGAACCGCAAAGUUGGGAAGCGAUAGACAGGGAUACAGCAACUUUUACCCCCGAUAUAACGCCUUUAAUUCUUGCCGCUCAUCGAGAUAAUUAUGAAAUAUUGAAGAUCCUUUUGGAUAGAGGAUCUAUUUUACCCAUUCCUCAUGAAGUGCGAUGUGGAUGCGACGAUUGCGUGCAAUCCAUAUCAGAAGAUUGCUUACGUCAUUCCAGAUCACGAAUUAAUGCUUACAGGGCAUUAUCAGCUCCGUCCCUUAUUGCUCUGUCUAGUAAAGACCCUAUCUUGACUGCUUUCGAGUUAAGUUGGGAACUCAGGAGACUUAGUUUCAUGGAACAUGAAUUUAAAAGCGAAUAUCAAGAAUUAAGGAAGAAAUGUCAAGAUUUUGCCACUGCCCUGUUGGAUCAUACUAGAAGCUCUUACGAAUUAGAAGUUCUGUUAAAUUACGAUCCUUUCGGUCCCGCUUUCGAACAUGGCGAUAGAAUGCAUUUAAGUCGAUUGAAACUUGCCAUUAGAUACAAACAAAAAAAGUUUUGCGCUCAUCCCAACGUACAACAGCUAUUGGCUUCUAUAUGGUACGAAGGAUUACCAGGAUUCCGUAGGAAGAAUAUUGUCCUUCAGACACUAGAAAUUAUAAGAAUAGGAGCACUUUUUCCACUAUAUUCUGCAGCGUAUAUCUUAUCACCGCAUUCCUAUUAUGGCCGCAUCUUGAGACGUCCAUUCAUAAAGUUCAUUUGUCACUCCGCAUCUUAUAUCACUUUCUUGUUUUUGCUGAUUUUAGCUUCACAAAGGAUCGAAGCCGUUGUAAGUGAUUGGUUCGGUACGGAGGAGAGGAAAAUCAAAAUCAGAGAUGACAUCACUACAAAACGUGGCUCUCCUCCUAGUAUUGUUGAAGGAAUGAUUUUGGCAUGGGUGGCAGGUAAGAUUUUCUUCUCUUUUUUUUGUGUUCAACGUGAGAUUAAUGAAAAUACAGGAACUGCCUCGUUACCAAGGGAAAAAUGGGAUCCCUGGGAUCCAAUUCUGAUAGCUGAAGGUAUAUUUGCAACUGCAAAUGUAUUCAGUUCUCUUAAACUGGUAUAUAUAUUCUCUGUAAAUCCUCAUCUGGGACCACUUCAGAUAUCUCUUGGAAGAAUGGUAAUCGAUAUCGUCAAGUUUUUCUUCGUCUACACUCUGGUUCUAUUCGCAUUUGCUUGUGGACUUAAUCAGUUGUUGUGGUAUUAUGCUGACAUGGAGAAGCAAGAAUGCAUGAAGAAAUCAAACGGAAACGAAACUAGAACAGAUCCAUCUUGUCUCACUUGGAGAAGAUUUGCAAACUUAUUCGAAUCUUCUCAAACCUUAUUUUGGGCAAGCUUUGGUCUAAUCGAUUUGGAUAAUUUUGAACUAAACGGUAUACAAAGUUAUACAAGAUUUUGGGGCUUGCUCAUGUUCGGAUCGUAUUGCGUGAUUAAUGUCGUUGUAUUAUUAAAUCUUCUGAUUGCCAUGAUGAAUCAUUCCUACCAAAUGAUUUCGGAGCAUGCUGAUGUAGAAUGGAAAUUUGCUCGUUGUAAAUUAUGGAUGAGUUAUUUCGAGGAUGGAGGUACCGUCCCUCCUCCUCUUAAUAUAAUACCGACACCGAAGAGUUUGUAUUAUUUAACACGAUCGUUGAUAAAGCACUUUCGUGGAAAUUCAAAAAAUGCACGAAAAGAGCACUUAAAAACGAUUCGAAGGAAAGCGAGACAAGCUAGUGAAAGAGAUCAUAAAUAUCAGGUAAUAAUGCGUAAUCUUGUAAGACGUUACAUCACAGAAGAACAGAGAAAAGCUGAUAAUCAAGGUGUGACGGAAGAUGAUGUCAACGAAAUUAAACAGGACAUUUCGUCUUUUCGUUACGAACUUAUCGAGAUUCUAUCGACUAGUGGAUUUAAUACAUCAGCUGCUAAGGGACAGGGACAGAUACUUGGAUUUAGCAUCAAACUCGAUUUAGUGCCGAUGCCAAACAACAAUGACGCUAGACGAAGUUUGAGCGUAAUAAUGCGUAAUCUUGUAAGACGUUACAUCACAGAAGAACAGAGAAAAGCUGAUAAUCAAGGUGUGACGGAAGAUGAUGUCAACGAAAUUAAACAGGACAUUUCGUCUUUUCGUUACGAACUUAUCGAGAUUCUAUCGACUAGUGGAUUUAAUACAUCAGCUGCUAAGGGACAGGGACAGAGUGCAGGAGGAAAAAAAGGACGUCAAAGAGAGAGGCGACUUAUGAAAGGAUUCGAUAUUGGAUUAGUAGAAGGUUCGGUACAGACUCUUCCAGAGUUUUGUUCUACAGAACUUACAAAGAAAUCACCAGUUAGUCGAAUGGUUAAAAUCGCUAGAAUGGCAGAAAAUAAGAAGAAAAUUAAAAAAGGAAAAUGGAGCUAUUUAGUAGAAGCGACAAGAAAUGCUCGAUCGGCUUUCUCCAGAAGUCGAAGCGAGGAUUCUAUUAGUAGCCAAUUAAGUUCGGAACAAAUGAGCCAGCGAUUUGCAACAUCCCCCAGUGAGUCGAACUCGAGUGUAGCAACUUCACCCGGAGUUGCUGCUAAUGACAAAACUAAAGACUUCAGUCCAACUCAUCAGACACCGAGCAUCAAGAGAUCGAUGUUUGCGCGACGGUUUGGCACCAUCUCUUUCAAUCCUGCCAAACUGAGAAUGAUUUUCCAAGAGCAGAAAAACUUCUCUCAACCAGAAAGUUCUACGCGAAAUGUUGCAUCUCUGGAGCGCAGUCAAGCAUCUAGAACUUCCAGUGCACCAUUCAGAGAAGAGUUUUUAAAAUGCAAUGAUUUACACAAGAAAGAAGACAGGAGGCCAUCAGUAUCAUUGACUUCUUUGUGUAUGAAUUUACCAACUCGUAGUCUCUCGCCUAUUCCUAGUUGUGCCAGUUCGAACGUUCACACGCCUAGGAAUUCUAUUACUGGAAAUGUGGAGAUGCAAACUAUUAGUUCAGAAUGUGCAGAGAUGGAACUACAGAAUGUUGCAGUGAGCAAAUGUGAAAACGUUCACGCAACUACCAGCACAACAGAUACUAUUUCUACUGUCAGUAGUCCAGAAUGUUUAAUGAGUCAAAGUUCUUCGAGGGAGCCAUUAAUGUCUAGUCAAAAGUCUGCGAAUGGCACUUUGGGAGUUAUAUCGACAGUUUAUGGUAUUGAACCUGUUAACUGUCCGUUGUCUAUGGGGUGGAUAUGAACAUUUAACAAAAAAAAUAAACUAUUCAAUUACUGUGGAUUAUUACCUACAUAAAUAUAAAACAAUGCAAUAUAUCCACCUUCAGGAAAAAAAACUACUCGUAUCUUCAUAGUAGAACCGAAAGUUUUAUAAAUUUUAAAUAAUUUUUCUUAACCAACAAACCCAAGUUUUUCUUUUACAUUAAAUUUAUUAUUAAAAAUGAAUCUUUAAUGAAUACAAUAACAAUACCAAUUAAUAGAAAAAGCAAAAUAAAAUCGAAAAAUUCCUCAAAGAAAUAUAAGCGGUUCUCCUCAAUUCAAGUAAGAUAUCAUUUCAAUAACGAAUUGGCUGACGUUGUAGUUUUCUUAAAGACGAUUGGCCUAAGAGAUUGAUGACAUUUUAAA